AUGCUACCAGUGUUAGACUGCGAUGGAGCUCCGUAUGCCACGGCAAACUGGCUGACAGUGACGGCGGCGGUGCACAAAUGCUGCGCAGCUAGUGCCAUUCGACGGCCAACACCGCGGUUCCUGGACCAAGUGGCACUGCUAAUCGCGGCCGUGGUCCACAGGGCCCUGGAGGACACGCCCCACAGAAUUCAGGAGCAGGAGCACGUGGCGCUCAGCCUGCUGGUGCAACAGGUGCUGCCAACCGUUCUCGACCUGUGUGCCCCAUCUGUCGUUUGCCUCUUCCAGAACAUGGAAAGCCAGGAAACCAGAAGAAGGAGAAUUAAGGUCACUCAUUCAAAAAUUGAAGAGCAGAAUAAUUCUACAUUUUUUCCAAGAGAGAGAGUUGAUGAAACUAUGAACAUGUGGGACAUAAUUACAUGA